CUCACUCUUGUACCACCUCGGUGUGUGGCACACAUCCUUCUAUGUCACAGUACGGACGACUUCGAGGGGCGACCUUUAUCAACAAACAAUACACAAAUCAUGCAUUCACUGCAUAGGUCUCUUCACUCAUCAUUUGCGUUCGUCCAUCAUAUCGACACAGCCUGCUCAACGUUUGGUGAAUCAAAGUCCCACUGAGGCAGCGAAACCUGGGGAAUCGACGUGACAAACAAACACGAUGACAGUCACGAUCGAGUCAUAUCAAGAAAAAUGCGUUCACAUAGGUCUUUUCGCCGCAAGACUCGCACUUAUAAAUUCUUUUUUCAAGACAUGUAUUGCAUGUUUAGUCCCUCAUCGAUCGCCACUAUACAAAAUGCUUCCAUAUACCAACUCUAUCCGCCUAUUGCGGAUCCACUCGAGUCGAUGGAACAAACGCAUCGUCUGCACACUCGAGCCCGCACGGUUAGACGUUUCUAGUCCUGUUCCCGAGUACGAAGCAUUGAGCUACGUCUGGCACCUCCGCGGCGGAGUAGCCAAAAUCACUGUAAAUGGCCAUACCAAGUUUAUUCAGCGGAAUUUGUACGAUGCUCUUCAAAGACUUCGUUAUAGGAAUAAGGAGCGGGUUAUGUGGGUGGAUGCACUCUGUCUCAACCAAGAGGAUAUGGUGGAAAAGAGCAAACAGUUGCGAAUGAUGCAUCAUGUAUAUCAAAAAGCUUGUAGGGUGAUUGUCUGGUUGGGAGAGGACGACCGGAACGAAGCGCACAAGGCCUUCGAUACCAUCUGCGCCGUAGCAAAUACGCAAGUCGAUAAACCACUUUCCUAUACUUCAAACCACAGGCGCAACAGUGUGCGCAAGGUGCCAUACUCAGAAGAAAUACCGUCCCCCGAGGAUGAUCGGUGGCUUCCAGUCGAGACGCUUUUUAACAAUGUCUGGUGGACUCGGAUCUGGGUUCUUCAAGAGAUCACCAAUGCCAGUAAGGCUUCUUUCCUCUGGGGCAAGGCAAUGAUCGAUUGGAACGUCAUUAGGUAUGCACUCGAAGCGUUCUACGCAGACUACUACCUUCUGGUACGACUAGAGAGACGUGGGAUGCAGAAUGCCUGGCUCAUGCAUCAUCUUUCGAUGGACACACUAAGAGGAGAGUUCCGGCCCUCAUUCUUAGAUCUACUUGAUGUCGCAAGAGGAUUCGACGCGACAAAGGAGCAAGAUAAAGUCUACGGCCUCCUUGGGCUUCCAACAAAGACGGGCGAUGUGGAAGAGGAAGUUUUCCUUCAGCCUGAUUGCGCCCUCUCCGUUGCUGAAGUGUAUACGCAAGUUGCUUUAAAGAUGAUCAAACAACAACAAAACUUGAACCUCUUGAGCUACACGGUUCACACCGACCCCGACUUCGAUAGCCACGACAAUGAAGUCAACUUGCCAUCUUGGAUACCGGACUGGACUGUGAAAACAGCAAGAUUUUCUCUUAUCGGCAUCAGAGAAGAACAUAGACACAACGCAGGAAAGGGCAGAGAUCUCGAUUUGGCCUUGCUCCCUGACUCUAUGUCUCCAAAGUCUCAUGUUUCACUCAAAGGCAGUAUCUUGGACAAGGUCACAGAGAUUGAGGACGGACAAAAGCCUGUUAGCAUGGAGAACGCUCUACUCAGUCUAACGAGCCUCUUAGAAUGGUGUCUAGAGCACGCCAAAGGAAUUUCAUUGCAGACGCUCUGCCAGACCUUGACUGCAGCGCGGGACGCCGAUGGGCAUUUCGAUUUUAGUACAGACAACAAGUAUGUUCUACACUUCGCCGCAUUCCUGAACACCAUCGACGCCGACCGACUUGGACCCGACAUACUGAACGAGAUUGCUGGGCUUGGGGAUCUGGUUAAGUCGGUUGGUGACGGCAAUGCCGCGCGGGAAGCAGUAUGGAAGUACACAGCCUAUAGGUCCAUGUUCGUUACAGAACGCGGGAAGCUAGCUCUUGGUCCCACGGCGGUGAAGGAAGGGGACUCAGUGGUUGCACUCUGGGGCGGACAGAUGCUGUAUGUAGUGAGGAAAGCUGAGUCUGGGGAGGAGUGGAAGUUUGUCGGGGAAUGCUACAUCGAUGGGUGGAUGGACGGCGAAGCCAGCCAACUCAUUGAGCGAGGGGACGCAGCGGAGACUAUUUUCCAGUUCAUCUGAUCGUCGACAUCUAUUUCUAUUCUAAGGAUAGACCAUUAAUAAUAUCUUAAUGUACAUUUGCGCAAGCUUGCUCACGGGAACUGGCAACAAACCGUGAA